AUGUCGAUCGAAGAGGGUGAAGGGACAGAGGAACAGGAAAAAGAGAGGCGAGAACUAGAGCCCCAGUGCCACCUUCAUUCGGAUGUUCCCCAUGACCAUCCUUUCCCUGCCACCGGAGCUGCUACAUGCCAUUUUUCGCUGGCUAUGGAACCCUGA